AUGAGUGUAAUAUUCAAAAAGAUCCAAGCGAUCCAAGACUCGCUAUCCGACGACGUGCUCUUGCCCCUCAAGAGCUACAAGUACUCGAGUGUCGAUAAAUCCUAUAUCUCCAAUUAUAUACUGAGGCAUUACUGGAAUGCAUUCGUCGAGAUCUUGCCGCUUUGGCUGGCCCCCAACAUGGUCACUCUCUUGGGGUUUCUGUUCAUCGUGGGCAAUGUGAUGCUCAUAGAAGUCUACAUGCCUGAUCUCGUGGGACCUGCUCCUUCCUGGCUAUACUAUAGUUUUGCUCUGGGCAUGUGGAUGUAUUCUACGCUGGACAACGUCGAUGGGAAACAGGCGCGCAGAACGGGGACAUCCAGCGGUUUGGGAGAGCUGUUCGACCACGGAAUCGAUUCUUUGAACUGCACUCUGGCUAGUCUUCUCGAGACUGCUGCCAUGGGCUAUGGCUCUUCUCAGCUUGGUGCUUACACUGCUCUCGUCCCUUGCCUCGCAAUGUACUUUUCGACCUGGGAAACCUACCACACCCAUACACUCUAUCUCGGCUACUUCAAUGGCCCCACUGAAGGCCUUCUUAUCGCGAUCGCCAUUAUGAUUGCCUCUGGCAUCUAUGGCCCUCAGAUCUGGAGCCGACCGAUCGUUGAAUUCCUGAACUACCCGCAGAUCUUUGGGAACAACUCGAUGAAGGAUCUCUGGGUCCCCAUUCUCCUCCUCUCCUUCUUCCUCGGACACCUGCCAGGCUGCGUCCUGAAUGUUAUUGCUGCUCGUAGAAAGCAGAACCUUCCGGUCGCGCCCGUCUUCAAGGAAUGGGUGCCGAUGAUUGUAUUCACGGGCUGCAACAUUGCUUGGCUUUUCUCUCCGUAUUCGACGCUUUUGUCGGAAAACCGACUAGUCCUCUACUGCUGGACUAUCUCGUUUGUCUUUGGACGCAUGACGACCAAGAUCAUCCUCGCUCAUCUGUUAAGACAGCCAUUCCCCCAUUGGACGGUGCUGCAAAUUCCGCUCAUCGGCGGCGCAAUCCUAGCCAACCUUCCCCGCCUGGGAUUCCCUAUGGUGAGCGCCUGGGUGGAGCUACUGUACCUGCGCCUCUACCUUGCGUUCGCCUUUGUUGUGUACAUGCACUGGGCAUUCCUCGUGAUCAACAGGAUCACCACUUUCCUCGGAAUCAACUGUCUGACAAUCCGUCGCGACAAGUCGGCAGCAAGAGACAGGGCUUAUCGUGAAUUUGGCGAGAACCAGCCCCUCAACCCAAACUCUGAUCCCAGCAAAGGGGGUAUCAAGAGCCAUUGA